AUGCCUUCUCUCUUACUCCCCGCUCCUCCACCACCACACUGCGCCACCGCCCGCACGCGCAAGACGACGACACAGGUCGACCUGACCACCGCCAUGGCCGACAUCCAACAAUGGCGACGCAAGAUUCAGCCGGCGAGAUCUCGCACUCCAGCCACGCCCUUUCCCGAUCACGAAGAACCCGAUGACUACUUCACCUCCACGACGCCCAAGAAGCGCAUCAAACCAAAGUUGUCGUCCUACUUUGGCCACAACCAGAAAUCAUCAUUGCAGGGAGACGUGGCGACAUCUACGGAGCUGCCAGCGUGGCCACCAGACCAGUUCUAUCCUGAUCCGAAGCCUGAAGAAGUGCUGGACGAGAUGAUGUGUACACUCAUGGCAUCUCUCUACAAGCCACUCGACCCUCGCCACAACAGCUCACUCAUGUUGGUUUUCGAAGCAUACAGAGACCUGAUCGACGAAAAAGCUCGACUUCAGCAGCGACUUGGAGCUGAAGUUGCAUCGAACAAGGCUCUGGUCGCGAAGCUCAACAUGGCCGAGAAGGACUGGGAAGAUGAGAAGCAAGACUACAAAGACGAAGUUAAGCGACUUGAAGUGCUCCUGGCAAAAGCUAGUAAGCGUGGUGUCGCGGAAGUCACGCUUGCACGUCAAGAAAGCAGGCUCCAUGGGCAUCAGUCCCGUGGACUUCACAAAAAGGAGACCAUUUUCGAGCUCCUCGAAAAAUCAAACUUGUACGAUGACAAGACUUGGGACAGUCAGCGAGCAACGAUGAAGCCCAUUGUUCAGUCUCCUUCCAACAAAGACAUUCAGGCUUCGCAACAGUUGGCACAGAAGAAGUCCAUGACACACCUUCAUGCAGAGCUCCCGUUUGGCACGCCACCAACGAGCGACAUUCGUUUCUCGUUGACCAAUCCAUCGUUGGAACAAGAUUUGCGCAAGCUUACCAGCCGAAAGCGCGCUGACACCGGGUCGACAACGCAAAGCGACUCGGAGGACACCUUCUCCACAUUCAGUUGCGAAGAGCUCGUAUCUCCGGACCAACCAGCACUACAAUUUCUGUCGCAAGACGAAGAUUAUGUGUCCAUUGCAAAAAUUGCCGAAUCACUCGCUCGCCGCCGCAGAAUGGAUCCUGCCCAAAUCAUGCCCCAGCUCUUAACGAUGUUCAAUGCACAGGUUCUUGACAGCGGCAAAGCAGUCAGUAUGCCAACAGCUCUUCCGCAUGCUAACAACCCCUGGCCGGCGCGGACGACAUCGAUGCUGGCGGCGACAAAUGCUGCGCCAUCAAGACAUCGCACUGUGAUGUCGAAAGCGUCAGGCUUUCUGCAGAAACUCGUGCCCCAGCUCAACAUGGACCCAAGCACUGGCCCUGAAGCAAUUCGCAGAUUCUCCUUCGAGCCAGGAGACGACUCUAUUCCCGCUGGCAAUCAGCCCCAGGCUUCGUGCUCUGAUCACAAAGAUCGCGUUCUGCGAAAGACUGUUUCAGCGUAUGCGUUAAGAGGGCCCGACAUGGCCACUGCACCCCGCUCUUUGUCGCCUGUUGCCCAAAGCCCAACGGCGUCCACGUUGGGUGAUGUGCGAGUUGGUCCGUUUUCGAGAAUUCCAACACCAGUCUUCAGCUCUGGCUCACUCGCCAGGCCAAGACAGGAACGAGAGGAUUCAGCAGCCAGUUUAUUGACUGUCAUUCAACAGAACGAUGAAAAGUGUCGUGCCAGAUCGGUGAGCAGCUCGCCAUCAGGCAGUCGAAUCAAUCUUGCUCGUGCAGCGCACGAAGUGCUCACCAUACAGAGCCCCGUGCCUCGACCUAUCUCCAAUGAAAGUGACAUUUUACGGGGUCACUCCAACUCGCUACGUGGCCCUGGUCUGACUGCAGGCACAGCCCGUGGUACUCACAUCCGGCCAGACAUCUCUCCGCGAGGGCAGUCCAUCAAGAGACAAAGUACGCAGCACCUUCGCAGUAGUUACACCGCGUCUUCGGUCAGCAUCGAUGUUCGACAGGAGAAUACGCGGCCCGCAAAUUGA